CAGAAGUGUGACUGAAGUGAUAGUUCUAGACACAAACAUGCAAUGAUUUGCUACAGAAACGUGCGAGUGUAUGUAAACCAGUGACAAACAGUCUCUUCUCCAGCAAGAUGACACUGGCGAUGGUUACGCGGACCGAGUGGGGUGCCAUGCCUCCCUGUCACUUGGACCCUCUGGAGCCUCCAGUAAGGGACGUGGCGUUUGUUCAUGCAGCCUCGCUGUCCUGCCACGACAAGGAGGAAUGCUGUCAGCUGAUGCGCUUCAUGCAGAAAUGCCACAUGGGUAUACAUGAAAUGGCCGACAUGAAGCAUAAUUUCUACAUUGCCCCGGAUGGAACCAUAUAUGAGGGCAGAGGUUGGCUCAAGAACACCUCCAACUAUGACCCAUACUAUGAUGAGAUUGGACUAAAAGGAAAGUUCAUUACCAUUGCUAAGAUAGGCAUGGAUUUCCAAGAUGACCCAGCAACACCUGAGCAAUAUGCAGCGAAGGAUGCCAUUAUCAAGUACGGGAUCGAACAGAAAUACAUCAAUCCUAACUAUAAUGCAGUGAAGAAUUUGGUCUACCAGUACUUAGGGGACUGCAACCCAGAAUUCCUACAAUAUAAAGUGUGGCAACCACCUCCAGGUUCGGAAAAUGACAGGACAAUAUUGUAUAAAAGUACGACUAACAGUUCUUGGGAAGAACAGCAGAAAGGGCUACCCUACAACGCUGAACCCGUAGUAGUGCCAGAGUCAGUUAAACAAUAUAACCUAGACACAUCUGAGGAUGUAUAGUACAAAUUGUGGUGUAUAAAUAAAAUAGUUUCGUAUACUAAUGUGUAUGUGUGUGAAGGAAGCGUGGAAUUGUACUCGUUCAGAGCAUUAAUAACGUGUACUUAUAUUCCUAAUUAAAAAUAAAUUAUUUCAACCACAGCAAACUUGCAGACUGAGUGAAUUAAGAUUUGUUUGGACUGAAAUUGUUGCUUAAAGUUAUCAGAUUUAUUCCCUUUUGAAUAACAUUCAGUUAAACGAAUAUACAGGGUGUUUUUUUUGUUUUUAAAAACUUGCAUCUUUAUU